AUGGCUGCCACUCAGCAGUCAUCGAAUUCGGAGGGUGUAUAUCUAAUGCCCACAAGCCCUAGUGGCCGUCGUCGCGGCAGUGCGGACUCUCGUCCGACUAUUCGCAAGGUUCAGGGCCAUGUUCCUGCAUGUUUAGUCAAUGCCUCGGUAACGCAUUGCAAUAAUGAUGAGAUCUACGCUUUUGGGGGGUUUGACCAAUAUACGGACGAAGUUUACAACCACGUGCUGCGGUUGAAUCUAAAUACUUCCCUAUGGGAGCUUGUGGACAACUAUGGUGAUAUACCUGGUGUACGGAUGGGCCAUACGGCGAGUCUCUACAACGAUGACAAAUUGGUCAUAUUUGGUGGUGAAAACGAACACGGUCAGUACUUAUCGGACGUGGUUAUAUUCGACAUCCCCACCUCCACCUGGACGCAACCGGAAGUUCGUGGACAAAUACCUAGGGGACGAGCUCGCCAUGCGGCCGUUAUUCACGAGGACAAGCUAUUCAUUUCUGGUGGCAUCACCUCGGACAGCAGCGCUAUGCUUGAUGACAUGUCCUAUCUGGAUCUCAAAACUUGGACCUGGUCCCGGUCCUGGAAAUUCGCCCCCCGCUUUGAUCACAUCGCCUGGAUCUGGGGUGGUCGCCUCUGGAUAUUUGGUGGACUCGAUCCGGAUAUGGAACGGACCACGGAUAUCUGGUGGUUGGAUCUUCAGGCCAUUCCAGCUUUUGAGACGGCAGCUUCACAAGGUACCAUGGAUCCUCCCACGAGACUUGGCAGGAUAACUCACGGUUUAGAAAAUACUCUGUAUAGUAACACAACGCAGCAGCCUCCCAGCCGGUCCGGGAGCUACGCCGCAAAUUCCGCGAGUGUACAGGUCCGCAAUGCCGGCCGUAGGAAGUCUUUCGCUCCAGGAUCUAUCUCGUGUCUCCAGUUCAGAUCAGGCCCUAAUGUUCCCGCCCUUUAUUCUGGUACUCACUUCCAAGCAUUCGCCUCCGGUGUCUUACUCGACUUGGUCACCCCAUCCGAGACUACACGUAUCUAUGAUUGUAGCCUUUCAUCCCUGGAACUCGACUCGCUGCGAUGGCAAAAGCUAGCGGAUGGACCCGAAAUUUUCAGGCCCGGAUACCGAUGGCACUAUUGUAUAACCAAUGCAAGCGGCACCAAAGCGUGGUUGCUAGGCUGCAGUCUAGAUGCUAGCAGCAAUCCUGGCAACAGCGACGAGAAUCACAUGAGCGAGGUUUUAUGCAUCGAUCUGGAAAGGUAUGGCUUGCUGGGCAACGAGAUGGCGGCCCUAUCUCCCGACCCUAGAAGAGCGAUGACCUCUGCGCGAACACAUCUGGGACCUCUCUCAAGCUUAGGGACAGACCUGUCAUCCGCCUUUGAUCAAUCACCAGAGUCAGGCAGCGGUGCGGAUUUCACGAUUACUGCCAAUUCAGAUGACUUUGUCUACGUCGAUGAUGGGACCGAAGAUGGAUCAAUCACAGCCACUCUGCCCGCCAACACCCCCACAUCUCCUCCUAUUCACGUGCACAAACUCAUCUUACAGCUGAGAUGGCCGCAUUUCAAGCGAUUGUAUUCCGCGCAGAUGUUGGAGUAUCACACCAAUCGGAUGCAUAUCCCAGAGCCCUACUCUGUUGUCCGUGCAUUUUUAUACUAUCUUUACACGGAUAGCAUUGCCGGUCACCCGGAGUACUGCGCUGAUGUCAUCGAUGUAGCUGGAAUGCUAGUGAUGGCAAACCUAUACGAUAUGCCCCGUCUACGCCUUCUAUGCGUCAACCGCCUAAGGCGCGAGCUAGAUGUGGAAAACGCGGCAAUCAUCUGGGAUCGAGCUGGACGGACGAAUGAGGAAUGGCUGAUGAGACGAGCUGCUCAGUUCUGCCUCAGCCAUUGGGGUCGGGUUGUCCGGACCGAUGGCUUCAAGUCUCUCAGCAGGCAGAGCCUGAUUGACCUGUGUGAGGUGGUUGACAUGGAGGGUCGGAUCAUUGCGGGACCAGAGCUAGAGCUCGUCGGGACAUUGGGGGCAGAUGAUGGACUGAGCACUGGCCGUGAACUGAAACGGUCGCGGCUGACUCUCAACGGUGCUGCUAUGGACGGCGACGAGAUUGAGGCGGACGAGAUGGAUGGGCUCGAGGAAAUAUGA